AAUAGUCAUUUUUGAGCAACGCGUCGUGGGAAUAACAUUAUAGUAACCUAAUUUUUCCGCAGUCCGCACAGGCGAUACGCAGACAGGAGUUUAUUUACGUUUGAAUCCCAUGCAAUUUUUAAUAAGUUAUAUGGAAUUUUUUAGUUGGAAAGUGUCAAUGAAGUACAGAUAACAUGGAUGGAGCUGUGGAUAAGAAUUUGCUAGUACUGGUACUUGAUGUAAAUCCAGUACAAAGAUUCGUGAAACAAGUAAUAACACAAUGUCUAGAUUCUGCUAUUGUGUUUGCGAAUGCUCAUCUAUUGCAGACUCCAAACAAUCAUCUCGCGGUUAUGGCUUGUCAUGGAAAUGGUGCAGAGUUUCUCUAUCCAGAUGAAAAACGAUCUGAGGUUCGACAAAUUGACAGCCAGUAUGAACUGUUUACUUUGGUCGAACGAACAAUAAGACAGCGGUUGCAGCAAAUGAUAAACGAUAUGCCUCCGGAUGGACGUUUAAGCUCGGAGAGUUUAAUCUCUGGAGCCCUCUCGAUGGCUCUCUGUUAUAUCUCCAGAUUGGAGAGAGAGAAAAUUGCCGGAGAGAAACUUAAUUCGCGAAUACUGGUGAUUACCGCGAGUCAUGAUUCCGCAACGCAGUACAUGAAUUACAUGAAUAUAUUCUUCACUGCACAGAAAAUGGGAGUUAUAUUAGACGUUUGCAGUUUGGAUCACGAGUUAACAUUGUUGCAACAAGGCUGUGAUUUGACAGGCGGAAAUUAUCUCAAGAUUCCUCAAUUGCCUGGAUUGUUGCAGUAUUUACUGUGGGUGUUUCUUCCGGAUCCGAAUAUACGGCCGAAACUUGUUCUGCCGCCUCCUGUCAAGAUCGACUACAGAGCUGCUUGCUUUUGCCACCAGGAACUUGUCGAUAUUGGUUACGUUUGCUCCGUGUGUCUUUCCAUUUUCUGCAAAUUCAGUCCGAUCUGCACCACAUGCCACACUGUUUUCAAGAUGCCAGGUGCGAUGUCAAUGAAGGUGAAGAAAAAAAAGAAAAACCUGGAUAUUAUACAGUGAUAGUAUUAAUUAGUAGGCUUUUUAAUUCACAUUUCUAAAGAACUGCAGUAACUUAUAAUGUAAAUAAUACCGUAUACCAAUAAAUUAAUUUUAAAUAGGUA